CCAUCAGGCAGCGCGGUGUUUAGGCUCUACUGAUGUCGUGGCGCUCUUGGGGAAGAAGUUGGUGUUCCGAGUGACCCUGGUACUGAAGAAGUGGUCCGGGAGACUCGUGGCACUUUCCCACCACCCCCAACCCUUGCCCACCUUUUUCCUCCUAAGAUGAGGCGUGCAGGCCUGGGUGAAGGAGUACCUCCUGGCAACUAUGGCAACUAUGGCUAUGCUAAUAGUGGCUACAGCGCCUGUGAAGAAGAAAACGAGAGACUCACUGAAAGUCUGCGGAACAAAGUAACUGCUAUAAAAUCUCUUUCCAUUGAAAUAGGCCAUGAAGUUAAACAUCAAAAUAAAUUAUUAGCUGAAAUGGAUUCCCAAUUUGAUUCCACAACUGGAUUUUUAGGUAAAACUAUGGGAAGACUGAAGAUCUUGUCUAGAGGGAGCCAAACAAAGCUAUUGUGCUAUAUGAUGCUGUUUUCAUUGUUUGUCUUUUUUGUCAUUUAUUGGAUUAUUAAACUGAGGUGAUAUAAGUAAGUGUGAGUUUGGAAUUUGUUCCAGCUUAAUGGCUUGGAGUACCAGUUUGAUAAAAAUCAGCAUGAAAACAUUCCUAAUUUUCAAAUACUAUGGCCUUUUCCAUGAAAGUUUACUGGAUUUUUCUUGUUUGAUAAAUCACGUUAGAUAAUACUCUUUGAAUACCAUUGAAUACCAUUUCUUAAUGACCUGUUUUAGCCCCUGUUUUCAGGGGUAUUGAAAUGGCCUGAUGUCAGUGUGGCUGUAAGUUUUUCCC